CUGGUAUUUAAAGAUUGCAAAAUCUAUAAUAAUAAAAACAUGAAACAUCCCUGGUUCGUAUUUUCCUCUUGGUUCAGUAUUCUUCUCACAGUUUCUUACAUCACCAAGGAAGUAAAUUGUGCAAGAACAUUUCAAGGUCCAGUUCAGGAAUUGGAUAUCCUAGACCUGCUGGAAACCCCAGAUGCUUGCCGACUCCAAACUGUGGAGGUAAAUUUCCACGAUGUAGGUUGGAAGCAUAUAGAUUCACCCAAGCAGAUCAGUUUUGGCUACUGCACUGGAACCUGUAAAGUAGGAAGUCCAACUUCAACCUCUGCAGGACAAUUGCUUCAGAAGUUGGUUCGGUUUGGUUUGGUUGACGUGCAGGCGCCAUGUUGCUCGGCCACGAGGCUGGAACCACUUCCUGUUCUUGUUACAACACUGCGUAAUUCAACACACAGAGGACUGGAGAUACUGGAAAUUCCUGAUCUAAUAAUAACUGAAUGUGGAUGUGUAUGAGAUAUUAACUUACUCCAUAGCAAGAAUUCCAAGAGAAAGCUUCAACAAUUUGUUCAAAAACUAGUGUACUGCACUAUAAAUCAUGUAUUCCCCCUGAAUAUACAGUACGGUACAAGCAUGAAGCAAGCGUUAAUUUUAGAAUUUUUGGAAGUAAUAUUUUUUGGUUUUUCAAAAAUAUAAUAUUUGGUAGCAUGUGGAUUAAAAAGAAAGUAUUUUCUUUUAAAUUUGAAAUUAAAAAUUCCUAGUUUAGGCGACUGUACACCUGAGCAUUGAUAUUUUUUUCUAAAUAAGAUAUAUUGAAGCAAUUUUGUCAACCAAAGUACUUAUAAGUUCUAAAAACUAUACUUGUGUCAUUUAAUAAUUCUGAAUUCACAAAAAAAUUAAGAGGUUUUGUGGUUUUUAGCACCCAUGGACUCAAGGAAACAAGGGUUUUUGCAUCAUCUCAUUUUUAAAUUUGACGUUAAAUUCUCAUAUUUAUUACUGUUCUAAGCUAAAGUUUAAAGGGAUUGAUCUCUUAUUGAAAUAUUGGCUAACCACACUCAAAUCAUGCAAAUUUGAAACUAAGCUGUUCCAACCUUUACGAUCCUAGUUUGUACUUCCCCACCCGGUACACCAAUUACAGUAGACAGGCCUAGCUGGUGGUGCAACGAAGUUGAGGGGUAGUCUGACUUUAGUCUGCAGCUGGUUAAAUUUACAAUCACUGAGGGGUAAAUUUUGUGUGUAAUAUCCCAAUAUCAGGUAUUGAUUAAAAUUAAGAUUAUCUUAUCACCACAAGACUAUGUACGCUAAUAAUACUUGCUAAAGGGACAUUUUGGAUCAAUAAAAUUGGCAAAAUUUUGCUCAAAAUUGGGGCUUAAUUUUAAACAGAAAAAAAUGAAACCUUGAAAUUGAGAAAAAAUUAUGCCACUGCGUCACAGUGAUCCAAAGAUAAUUCUUACGCAAAAAUCGAUACGAAUUUUUCCAGGUUUUUCUUCAAAAAUAAAUCUAAAACAAGUAAUUAAAUUCUAAAAAGUAAGUAAAAAUGUUGGAGAUAAAUAGUUUUCAGAUUUGUAAGUUUUGAUAAAACUUUUAUUUUCAAAAUUGUAUUAAAAAUUAAAUAUAAAGUGUUUAAG